CCGGAGAGGAUUAUGGGCCUGUUGAGAAGUCAUCCAAUCAGCACGUGAGACUCGGCAGCCAUACCAGCAUGUCGGAGAGGAACAGAAGUCAAAGCCCCAUCAUGGAACCUCCGCCCCCGUCCCUGAGACCUGAGAGAAACAAGAAGAUUCUAGAGGUCACCAACAAGAUCAUUGAGCUGCUGACGGGAGAGGUUCCUAUAAGAUGUCAGGAUGUCUCUGUCUAUUUCUCCAUGGAGGAGUGGGAGUAUCUAGGAGGACACAAGGAUCUCUAUGAGGACAUCAUGGUGGAUGAUGAAGAGACCUAUAAAGCAAUGGGUCUGAAAAUAAAGUCCAUUUCCCGACCCCUCUACACACAACUCCUGACCCCAGCACCCGACUCCCCCAACACUUGCGGCUCUCGCGCCUUGUCUCUCGUCUCUUGUCUAGUGAUCUCUUACCUGACAGCAGCAAUAUGA